GCUUUUGAACGGCUGCGUUGCCGAGUCGUUGACUUCGAGGUCUACGCUCCCAUCGCAAUUGAUAUCGCUGAUCACGUCAGAGAGCUUGAUUUCGAGAAGGACCUUUUCACCAUGGACAACUCGACCAGCACAGACAUUAAGGAGUGCGAGCGUAAGCUGGCGGCGUUCUUGAACGAGCUCAGCAUGGAGCCCUUUGAUAUGACCAAGCCACUGUGGACCAUCUAUCUGCUGAAGAAUUAUUCACAGGGGAGAUCAGUGCUAGUGUUUAAGGUAAGUACUCUUAUUAUGGGGCCCAUCUGUGGGUCUUAAUGUUCUUAUUAUGGGGCCCAUAU